AUUUUUUUUUGCUCCGGACUGGAGCGAAACGACGGGGGUGGGUGAUUCGAGAGGAGUGGAGAACGCACGGCCAGGCCGCUGCCGUUGUACGGCGUGUAGCCAUAUCGAAGGAGCAGUGCGAGGCCGGCUAUCAGCCGCCCAACAUCGGCGUGUCGGGGUUACACUUGUAUACGUAACACGGCUGCUGCAGACGCACAUACAAAUCACGCACGCACAUCCAGACAGAUGGACAGACUGACAGACAGACAGACAGACAGAUAGACAGACAAGCAGACGGAUAAGCAUUAUAUAACACCGCGAAUUCCCUGCCUCCCUACGCGGGGGUUAUCACUGUCUACUGCGCCGAGUUCAUACAUGGAAGAACGAGUAACGGGUAAAAGGAAAUAGUGGACUUUCUUCCUUCGUAUCGAUGGAAAUUGAAAAGGACGAGACCCUUCGCAAACCCGCGCAGUAUGCGUCGUGAUCGAUAAGGGCGAACGAAGGGCUCGUGUGGACGUCACCGAUUGUUUUACAGUAGGAAUAAUUACGUCAUCGAUUAUUUUACAGUAAUAAUAAUGGGAAAAGGAGUUGCUUGGCGUCCCACGAUGAAAUUAAAAAAAUGAUUGCAAGUUCCGAUUUUGAAAGGGGUACGAGGGAAUAGCACGCGAUAGAGGACGACGAUUAGAGAGAAAGUGCGAUUGGGCGAGGCGAGGGAGGAAGAAGGAAAUAAAACAGGCAAAAGGGGGAAGAAAAAAAGUGGAAAGAGAUCGAGAAAAAGAAUGUAGGAGAAGAAUAAAAUGUGCGAGUAAGUAAGCAAGCGGGGAAAAACCUAUGUAGGAACAUCGAACAAGUUAGAGGAAAAAGAAGAAGAGAAGAGUAAAAAAACGUGGGCGGUGAAGAAGAAGAAAGAGACAGAAGUCUGACAAAAGUCAAGAACGGAGGAUCGAGAAAGAGAGAGAAAGAGAAGGGAGGAGAGAGAGAGAGAGAGAGAGAGAGGAAGAAGAAGGGAGAGAGAGAGAGAGAGAAAGAGAGAGGAGAGCUUGCGCGAGAGGCGAAGGAACGUGGAGGAGGACCGACCGUGGUGCCGAAUGUGGCGUUCAGAGUAUGAUAUUCGCCAGCCGGGGAUCGACGUCGUGCAGCCAGUUUCCGCCCGCGCUCGAUUCACGGAGUCGUCAUCAUCGCUGUCGGCGAGUCGCACUCUCGGUAGGCGAGAUCCUCCCUCAUUGAGAAUCGCAGCUGUCACCCGAUAAAAUUUUCCCGCUGUCCACCUAUCCCGUCUGUCGAGCUCAUUCAAACCGAGUCAUCCCCCUAGACAACGACGCCUCUCCACCAAAGACGACACGACGACGACGACGACGACGACGACGACGACGACGACGAUCACGACGACGACGACGACCACGACGAUCACGACGACGACAACGAAACGACGACGGUAUCAUAGUCACCGAACGGAUUUACCUCUUGUUGAAAGUGCGACGUCGAAUAAUGCGCGAUAACGCGGUCGUAUCCACCACGACGAACCCUGCGAGUAGUCGCGACCGAGUGAGAGUGCAACGGGAAAACAGAGCAACGCGGUCGAACGCGUAACAUUCGUGAUCGAAGGUGAACAUGUCGUCGCGUAAGAAUUCGUGGUGACAUUUUAAGUAACUCAAGGAGAUUCUCGAUAUCGAUGUUACCAAGUGCGCGAGAAUUUCGUCGUGAAACAUCAAAAAGACCCCCUUCCUUUCUCGGACAUACGCAGAAUUAUAUCCCCGGGACACCAUGUUAUUAAUUUAUUAGAGCGACAAUUAAUUCAUCCGUCGAUGCUCCACCAUCAUCGGUAACGAGGGAGCUAUGACGAGUCUCGAAGUUCAAUCCAGAGGUACUACUGGCGCGAGGAAGAGGCGGACAGCGGUCAAUUGAUAGGAUUCGAGGAUACAACAAGCUGCGUGGAAGUCGCGUCGCCUCGUCGCGGCACCAAGCGACUAACUGAGAGCGUGCGCUCCGGCGAUCCUCGUUGCCGAGGGACGAGUCGUGUGUGCCGGCACACAGUCGGCGAUCGGCACGGACGCAGGGAGGACGAUGGCAUCGCGCGCCGCGCGCUCCCCCAGGAAGCCGACACCGCGGAAGAGCUCGCGCGCGGACUCGCGCCACAACGCGGACAGUAGUACGAGUCGUUGUCACCUGGAAUCAGCAGCAGCAGCAGUGAUCGAGGACGGAAGCAAACAGACAGUUGCUAACGACGUAGGAACGGGAUCGGUGGCUACCGUCAUUCGACGUUCUCCGCGAUUCAGCAGUCGCGUCGUUUGGCGGCCCGACGUCGUCGAGUGGUAGUCCUCCUUUUUCCCCGGACAAGAGAAGAUAGAGAGAGAAAGAGAGAGGAAUCUCGCGUAUACAUCGAGCGGAAAAGAGAGAGUAGGAAAAUUUGUGCGGGAUAUAGGACCGGGAAACACACGAGCGAGGAUGAUCGAUAACGUUGCCACCGUGUCGGAGGCCAGAAUCGGCGAUCGGGCUUGUUAGGAGAGGAAGACGCAGCAAUCCGUCCGCAGCAGGGGAGAAUAAUCAGCGCGGUUCGACGCGUUCGUCGUCGUCGUCGCGGAAACCCUUGGAGAGCCUCGAAGCUUUGUCGUUGGCUUUGAUCGAUUCCACAAACGUCGUCGCCGGCGAGCGUUAAUAGAGAGAUCGGGAGAAAAGGAUAGAGAGACAACGGCUCCCCUCUCUUCGAGGAGAAAAGCACCGAAGAUGGAAGUGUGUUCGGUGUACAACGAGAACAUGGCGAGGACGUCGCGAGGAAACACCGCGCAAGGAGACACGCACGAGGACCCGUUAUCAAUUCGCGACUGUGAUUUCUAAGCUUAAGAUUAUUACCACACGUAUCGUAAAAAAAAAUAAUCAUCAGGAGAUAUUAACAAACAAAAACAACAAAAAUCGUCCAUUGUGAUAUUAUGAUAUAUAAACGAGGGUACGCGGAGGGGUAUGUGGAGGGGUGGAUAAGCACCCACGUGCGCUCUCACGGGGAACCGUCAACGGGCUGUUACAAGCAUGAAUGAAUGAAUCGCGUCGCGAUGCAAGGCGCGAUGGCGAGGAGUGCGGCACGCGACGCGAGUGUGUUCGAUCGGGAUAAUAAUGGUUGAUCGCGGUGUUCGCGCGUCGAAUCCGCGGACUGUGAUACACUAAUCUAAGACCCGUUAUCCGAUCUCUGAUCAACGACUCAUCGAGAGGGCGCCGGCUUAAUUGCGCCUGCACAGGGUGCGCAGAGACGAGAAAAAGAGAAAGAGAGAGAGAGAGAGAAAGAGAUCGAGACGGGAUGACGAGUCACCGCCGAUGCGGAAUCUCGUUUGCCACUGUAUCGUGAUAAAUCGUCAGUAGCACACACGCACAUACGCUCGCUGGAAGAAGCAGAAGAGUUCGACCGACGACUAGUCCGAGAGCGAACAUUGAUGAAAUCGCGGUCGAAACACGCUCGGCGGGAGGGGGGAGUGUGAAUAAUUAACGAUUAUUAACGGAAAAGAAAGCGGGAAAUAAGACAAAGACGCAUACGUAAGCGAGGGGGACGGGGGGGCCGAGAAGAGCGAGCCACGUGAGCGGAGGUGAGGAAGUGCGAGAGGAACGUAGUGAGGUGAGGUGCGGUAACCGAGCCCAGUGUGUGUGUACCACCCCCUGGACACGGGGGGUGGCACAGAAACGCCGUCAGCGUGGGUGCCGGUGCCGCAGGGGCGCGCCUGGCCCGUCGGCUCGCCCGCAGAUUAGCACGCCGACUAGCAGUUACCUCGGGCCCCUUCCGGCGUUCCGGCCUGGCGACCUCGGCGGGCCUCACAUCGGCGGCGGUGGUCGUGGCGGCCCAGGGGGAGCCCCACGCUCCCCCAGCAGCUGCGCCACGCCGCAUCACGCCGAACGGAAGUGCCAGCCCGAUCUCGGGCUCGGCCACGAUUACGGGCUUCACGGGCAUCGGGGCGACGACGACAGCGGCAGCGACGACGACGAGGACGACGACAACGGCGACGACAACAACAACGACGACGACGACGACGACGAGCACCACCACCAUCACCUUCACCACCACCACCACCACGAGCAUCACCACCACGACUACCAUCAGUCGUAACAAGAAUAGAGCCAUGUCCAUGAGAAGUCUGCAUCGGCGCGUCUCUCAUCCUUGCCAUGGAAUCGAGAACCGGCAUGUCGCGAAGCACGAAAAACGUCCAUCGCAGAAGCUCGAGACAUCCUGGCCGUUUUCCUUGGAGGGCGAAGGCGGUGGCGGUCGUUCUGUGACCGGCGCCGGUGGCGGCGGUGGAGGAGGCGGCGGUCGACGGGCACCGAGCCUACGGCUGGUGAACGGAAGAGCGACCACCGGGGUGAGUUUGCACACCAGCAGCACCGAGUCUGUGCGCUCUCCCCAUCACCAGCUCGGCCAGCAGCAGGCCGGCAACAACAACUGCCAAGCCGGUAAUAACCCCGCCGCGAACAAUCAUCCACGGCUCAACAAAGAUGAUAGCAUCAAGAUCAGCAUCGAGAACACCAACACUUGCACAGACAGCCUCGUCACUGCUCUAGACGACGAGACCCUGCUCAUCACUGAUUUCCUGGGCGAUACAGGCAACGAGAUGAAUUACAAAGGCAGCGGGAAGGUUCACUUCGGGGUGGAUGAUGUGUCUCUUUAUGGCACCCCGAAGGAGGAGCCGGGCCCGGGCCUCCCGGGCCAGGAAGUCAAGCAGAGUUUCUUGAAGAAUCAACUUCAGGCUCUGUUCCAGCCGACGGACAACAAGUUGGCUAUGAAGCUCUUCGGCAGCAAGAAGGCGCUUAUGAAGGAACGAAUCAGGCAAAAAGCCGCAGGUCACUGGGUCAUCCAUCCUUGCUCCAGUUUUCGAUUCUACUGGGACCUCUGCAUGCUCCUCCUACUGGUAGCUAAUCUGAUAAUUCUGCCAGUCGCCAUUAGUUUUUUCAAUGACGACCUAAGCACUAGAUGGAUAGCCUUCAACUGCCUUUCCGACACGAUAUUCCUUAUAGACAUCGUCGUCAACUUCAGGACGGGUAUAAUGCAGCAGGAUAAUGCCGAACAAGUGAUACUGGAUCCGAAAUUAAUCGCGAAACACUACCUCAGGACUUGGUUCUUUCUCGACCUCAUCUCCUCCAUACCAUUAGAUUACAUUUUCCUCAUAUUUAAUCAAUUUCAGGACUUCAGCGAGUCCUUCCAGAUUCUACAUGCUGGACGUGCUCUCAGGAUUCUCAGGCUUGCAAAACUGCUGUCACUCGUUAGGUUACUACGUUUGUCAAGACUGGUGCGGUAUGUCUCGCAAUGGGAAGAGGUCUAUAUCCCCCUUUAUCAACAGCCGGAGAGGCACUACGAGCGUCGGGCGACACCGCCCCAACCAGACCGAACCAGCAAGAUAUUGCAGAACCUACAAAAAAAACGCACUGAGCGGAGGGGGCGCCUAAGUUCUGACAAUAUGACUAAAAAGAAGUCCGGUUUCAGCAAAAGCGAACUUAUUUUUAAGUUCCUGAAUAUGGCGUCGGUGUUCAUGCGGAUUUUUAACCUGAUCUGUAUGAUGCUCUUAAUUGGCCAUUGGAGUGGCUGCCUGCAAUUUCUGGUACCCAUGCUUCAAGGAUUUCCCAGUAAUUCAUGGGUGGCCAUUAAUGAGUUACAAGACUCGUUUUGGCUGGAGCAAUACUCGUGGGCCCUCUUCAAAGCCAUGUCGCACAUGCUGUGUAUCGGAUACGGUAGGUUUCCGCCGCAGUCCUUGACCGACAUGUGGCUGACUAUGCUCAGCAUGAUCAGUGGUGCGACGUGUUACGCUCUUUUCCUCGGACACGCGACAAAUCUCAUUCAAUCUCUCGAUUCCUCGAGAAGACAAUACCGUGAAAAGGUGAAACAAGUAGAGGAAUAUAUGGCCUAUCGAAAACUACCGAGAGAAAUGAGACAGAGGAUUACGGAGUACUUUGAACACCGUUAUCAAGGAAAGUUCUUCGACGAGGAGCUGAUUCUUGGAGAGCUCUCGGAGAAAUUGAGAGAAGAUGUAAUAAAUUAUAACUGCAGAUCGCUGGUGGCGUCCGUGCCCUUUUUCGCCAACGCCGAUUCGAAUUUCGUCUCGGAUGUCGUCACGAAACUCAGAUACGAAGUCUUCCAGCCAGGUGAUAUCAUCAUUAAGGAGGGUACUAUCGGCUCGAAAAUGUACUUCAUACAAGAAGGCAUAGUCGAUAUCGUAAUGGCGAACGGCGAAGUCGCGACGUCGUUAUCGGACGGAUCUUACUUUGGCGAAAUCUGUCUGUUGACGAACGCGAGGAGGGUAGCGUCGGUUCGAGCGGAGACCUACUGCAAUCUUUUCAGCCUCUCGGUGGAUCAUUUCAAUGCCGUGCUGGAUCAGUAUCCGCUAAUGCGCAGAACGAUGGAGAGCGUUGCCGCCGAGAGGCUAAACAAAAUUGGAAAGAAUCCUAACUUGGUGGCUCAUCGCGAAGAGGAUCUUGGCAGCGAAUCAAAAACGAUAAACGCUGUAGUAAAUGCACUCGCGGAGCAGGCCGCGCAUGCCAGCGCCAGCGAAGAAUCAGUACACAGUAUGGAGCUUAGAACGCUACCGGCUUGUCUCUUGCCCAGACCAAAGUCUGAGAAUAAUUUCGCGAGCCAAGAACUUACGAGAGAAGGACGGAGAAUCUUCCACAAGAGCGACACUUUCCACAAGGAUUCGUAUCAAUGACGACACUCGUUUUACUAGCAUACGCAGAGAUACUAACGGCUCCAUGUUGGAACAAAGAUAGAACUUUCUUAUCGAUAAGACAGCUGGUGGUUUUGUGCCUGGCGCUUGGGCGAUUCUAUAGCAGCGGUCUAUACAUAGAUAUCGGCCAUGCCAGUAGUUCUCUAGCAAUCGAUUUAUAGCGCCUUCUUAUAUUAAUCUGACGGCAUUUUCGUCCAAGACCACAAAACUGACCAGAACAAUCGAAUCUUAUGCUCCAAUCAUGAUACAGAUUUGUGCGAAAAUGCAGCGACUAA